AGUUGGCAGUUCAUGCUAGAAAAAAAAAAAAAACGCCCACUAAAAGCUCGCUUCCUCUUCAAAAUCGCCGACAGCUGAAUCUAUUCCCACUCUCUGGCUCUCCCUCUUUCUCUCUCUCUCACACAGAAAGAAAGAAAGAAAGAAAGAUUGUUUGAAUGGGGAAGGAGAGCUACAUAAGAAUGAAAACGGAUCAAGUCUCGAACCAGCUGAUAAGCUCUGAUCUGAAAGAGAUUGGAACCGCCGCUAAAAAGCUCGCUACCCAUGUCAUCAGCCUGGGCAGCUUAGGCUUCGGCACCACAUUCCUCGGAUGGAUUGCUUCCUUCUCUGCAAUUUAUUUGUUGGUUCUGGAUCGAACAAAUUGGAAGACAAACAUUCUUACAUCUCUACUAAUCCCGUACAUCUUCCUCAGUCUUCCUUCACUACUGUUCAACAUCUUCAGAGGAGAGAUCGGGAAAUGGAUUGCUUUCGUUGCGGUUGUGCUGCGCCUUUUCUUCCCAAAAAAAUAUAAUUACCCAGAAUGGCUCGAACUUCCAUGUGCUUUGAUUCUCUUAAUGGUGGUGGCUCCUAGCUUACUUGCAAACACCGUAAGGAACGACUGGAUUGGCGUAACAAUCUGUCUUGUCAUUGCAUGCUAUUUGCUGCAAGAACACAUCCGGGCAUCUGGUGGUUUCAAAAAUUCCUUCACAAAAGCCAAUGGCAUAUCAAACACGGUUGGUAUAAUCCUUCUGUUGGUCUAUCCCGUCUGGGCACUGGUACUUGACAUCAUAUAGGCACACUCUCUGCAGCAUGUGGAUUGUUUUGAGGCUCUUCCAUAUUUUAUGAACCAUCUUGUUUGUAUCAUUCAGCUAAACUGACAAGUUUGUCACCAUCGUUGUGUUACUCAAAUGUGUUGUUAUUGACAAGUUUGUCACCAUCGUUGUGUUACUCAAAUGUGUUGUUAUCAUUUGCACCUGUAAUAAACGUCAACAGAAAAACUUGUGUUUCAUUCUGUUGAAGGGGAUUAGCAUAAUUUUUUGUUAUUUCAUCCUUAAUUAUCAGGCAAUGUGCUUGACUUUACUAUAA